CUAUCAUACAGCUCGAGCUCUCUCCUCUCAAAUCCCGCCAUUUUCAUGUCAAAUUCCAUUCUCUUGAACAAACCACUUCCAUUUUCCGACAGCUUCAAGUUACUCUUCUCUCUUUGUGAGAAGAAAAAACCCCAACAGAAAAUAUGGUUAAGUUUUGGGUAUUGCUUUUCUACUGUCUUGUCUCUUUGAUGAGUGCUUUUACAGCCUUUCGCAUUGUUGUUUCGAUUCGAAACACCACUUUAUCCUCGGAAGGUAUUGAAUCUAAUUCUGCUCCACGGGUGAAUGUGUUUGGUAAACGUGGCUCAUUGUAUAUAGAACCUUCGGAUGUAAAACAGAAUGGCACAGUGGGGCUUGUUAGUUUUAUACCUUCAAGAAAAGAAUCGGCAGGGACAAUUCAUUUUCAUUUUCUAUUCUUCUUAUCUACAACUGUCUGUGCUGUAUCAGCAUUGUUAGCUAUAGGUUACUAUCUCGACAAAUGGAGAGAACAGUCUCAACAUGCUUGGAUGGAAAAUGCCAUGCCAAGUCCAAAAUUUUCAGAGGUUAUGCAUGAUGUUUCUGCCUCAAGUACUUGUCAUAUAUGUCUUGAAGACUAUAAUGUUGCAGAUAAGCUUAGAGUUCUGCCAUGCCACCACAGGUUUCAUGCAUAUUGUGUUGAUCCAUGGCUGGCAUUAUUUCAAACAACCUGUCCUGUUUGCAGAGUUGAUGUCUCACAAGUCAGAGUGACUAUUGAGCGAAUCAGAAGGAUUGAGAAUGCUACAGCUGAUCUUCGGAGAAAUGCUAAUCGUUUGGUGAAUCGCUUUUUUCUCUUCCAAGCAGGGAUCUUCUUUUUCGCACAAUGGGACCUCCCGUCAGAGCAUAACAUUUUUGUACUCAGUCUCUCCCUCAUUGCAAGCUUUCGACUUGCUUAUGCUUUCCCUUUAAUUUCACUGGAUUUACAGCAUAUGUAUAAUGAGAUCGAUUCAAUCAAGGCUAUCGAUUAUAGAGUUGCACGGUAUUUCAGGAUAUGGCGCCUUUGUUUGGUGACAUGUUUUAUCAGUCUUGCCGUUGGUUUUGCCGUUGUCUUGCCAAUUGCAUUGGUGACUAAAACCUCCCCUGCUUUCUAUUGUAAAAUUUGUUUUGCGGUGAUGCUAGGCACGUAUACAAUGCAAUCGUGAACUUUCUGUCUAGCGAAAACAAACAAGCGAUGUGGGUUUUUCUCAUCCUAUGAAGAUGACUGGAUUUUUCCGUCUUAUUAUCAUUAUCAU